UUUAUCUGUAUCAGCAGAAAGAUACUAUCAAGACAACAAACAAGCAUGCUUCAUGAUGAUACAUGUUCUGUGUUGUGCUAGUGCUGCUGCAGCUUCAUUCGUCGCAUGUGAAAGGAGGUGAGAAAAGGAACCAUCUUCUUGACGAUGCUCAUUCAUUGUGGUGGUUGCGAAUGAAUGCAUUGUUACUACAAAAGCAAGAAUACAAAAGCCGUCUGCAGGAAGAACACAAACGGAUGAAACAUCGAAAAAAAACGUUGCAGGAAGCAAAAUUACAUGCAAUUCAGGAUUUUGAUUACAGGAUUCAAAACCUCAUCGAGGUACACAACAUUUGUAGAUAAUUUUCGUUUCUUGCAGCAUUCUUUCUAUACGCCAAUAUCUAGGUCUUUUAGAUGCUGCAGUUGCAUGCUAGGCUAAGUCGAUAGAAAUCCAUUUCCUGGACAAGAACUAGGUGCAUCCAUUCUCACUAAUUAAAGUAUCGCGUUUCUCCAGCUCCACAUAUUAUGUCAGCGUACAUUUAAAUAUUUAAUGAAUUUGAAUUUAAAUAUUUAAUGAAUAGCGUGACACGGCCAAAAAGCCUGAUUAUCGGGCCGCCGACGUCGCCAAUGAAUGAAUGAAUGAAUUUAUUUAAAGAUACAGCCACUCUGACUCUGUUUAGCUAAAAUACUGUUUAACAUUUUUUCAUUCAUUAAUUCCCACACAUAGAAGACAUACGUUAGUGUUACGACCGAAAUUCGAGCUAAAGUAACAAUCGUUUUUACCAGCCUUGCAUACGCUUACUCAUAAAGAUAAACAGAAAGUAGAAAUAAAGCAUAAGAUACGAAGAUCGCACCUAAGCUCUAGCUGUUUUUAGGAGGCUCUUCCAUACGGCCGCUGAGAGGACAUAUUGAGGGUGAUCAAUUGACAUUUUUCAAGCAAACGUAUUGUGUGCAAGCAUCAGGAGCCUUUGAAGUAGACAAUUUCAACGAUCUAAACUUUUCGGUAGGACUUGGCUUCAUGAUACCUGUACCUGUACCAGUAGCAAUUCAAUAUCAACGAUGUGACGAGGACAACAAUUUUGCAAGAAUCUCU